GUAAGAAAGAAGAAAAGAGGUUUGAAUCCUGAAACGGUCUCAGCGAAGUCUGAAGGACCGUUUCUGGUGAUUGAACCCUGAUGUGACGCACUCCGGACAGUAGGGGGCGGUGUGAAGCUACGAGGUGUGGGGAAGACCCCGGUGGCCGCUGGGCGGCGCUGCCUUCUGCAGGACCGGGAGCAGAGCUGCGUGUUUCCGGUUGGGUCUCAGUGUUGUGUUUGUGGUCUCCAGCAGCAGAACUCUCCGGGUCUCCUCACCGUCUCUUUGUUCUUUUCUAGCCGCACAGAUGUACCGAGCUCCGGUCAGACCUCAGCGGAGUCCCGGAGCCCCGCGGCCGGCUGGCAGGUUUCCCUCCCCGGCCUCCUGCUGGGGUUUCCCCGGGACUCGCUCUCCCUACGGAGGAUCUCCCCGGGGCGGCCCCGCGCACUCUCCGGGUUCUCCGAGCUAUUCCCCGGGUUCUAACCGAGGAUACAGGGACGGUUCUCCGUUCGGCGGGUUCGGCGGCGGUUCCCGGGGGUUCGGAGACACUCCGGCCGGGUUCGGCGGCGGGUCCCGGGGGUUCGGAGGCCCGACGUGGCGCAGGGGCGGCGGGUUCAGGCGGCCUCAGUCCUUCAGUCCCGCAUCGGCUCAAAACCUCCAGUCUGGAUCUGCAGACUCUCCAGUGGAGAAAUACUUCAGUCCGUCGAUGCUGCAGGACCCCUGGGCAGCUCUGCAGCCCGCCACAGGCCGCCAGACCAGCAGCCUGACGGGGAACGGCAGAUAGCAGCAGCAGCA